AUACAAAGAGAAUGAGAAAAGGGAAGAGGCGCACGGACGAUGGGAGAGAGGGAGGGAAAGAGGGAAAGAGAGAACGAAACAAUGAAUAGAGCGAGAGUAGUAUUACGGGAGAGGAGAAUCGCGCGCGCGAUGUACUGGUCGUGGAAAGAAGCGCGGCAUCGUCGCACGGCUACUUGGCUCUCCAGGGCCAGGAUAUUUCAAUACCGACGGCGCGGUGGUCGGCCACCGACGUGGGACUGCGCACGGGGAGAGGACGUGCGGCGGCGGCAGUGGCGGCGGUGGCGGCAGCGGCGACGGCGACGACGACGACGACGACAACGACGACGACGACGACGACGACGACGGCGCGGCGCAACGCGAUCCAUGUGUACGCGUUCACAUGUGUGCGUCUUGUACGCCUAUAUACACACGCGGCUAUAUACCGUCCCCCCCGUCGCCCGUGCGCGUCCCUCGUCUAUGUGCCCGCCCUUCGCGGCCGGUAGACACGCUUCGCGUCUCGUACGGCUUUACACGGUCGUUCGGCGAUGAAGAGAGAGAGAGAGAGAGGGAGAGAGAGAGAGAGAACCUCUCUCGGUAGCCGCGCUCUGCUAUUCGGGUUUUCCUGCGUCAGGGGAAGUGCGAGAGGGGCGAGGAAGGGGGACGCGGGAGGAAGCUUCUCUCUACCGUCGUCUCUCUCUCCUCGGGCGCGUGGAGAGGGGGAGCGACUCUCUCGUCGAGAGAAACACCGGAGAGAGAGACUUUACACAACGCCAAUGAUCCGGGGGGGAGAAUGGGGAGGGGAGAGGGAGAGCCCGAACGCGACCGAUGGGUUCGUCGGUAAUGCCCGCCUUCGCGACGCGUCGAGGGAAACCGGAGUAGGCCGUGCCAGGCGGCGAUUGGCCGUUGGCAGGGAGUGGGGACCGGGACGUCGGUGGCGCCUCGCGGGCUCGGCCAAUCGGACGCUCGCGCCGGGAGUUUUUUAUCCCGCUAUUUGCGCCGAGGACGGAGAAGACGGUUCCCCAUAUCCCCCCGCCCUACCCGCUUAGCGCGGCGUCUCGCUCGCACCCGGGCGGCGGGCGCUUUCCGUCCCGUUCGCGCGCGCUCUCUCUGUGCGCCCGUCGGCGCAGCGGAGGACACUCUCGUUUCGGGAUCCGUUGAGGCAGCACGCGUUUCUCUCUCUCGGCACACGGGGACAGGAUAGAAAAGUGGUCGGACCGGGAGUGUUCGGUGUGCGUUACGUUGCGUGUCGCUCUCGUGACCUGUGAAACGGCGCGCUCGCUUUCGCUCGUUUUUUUUUCGAACGUCGGAGUAGUUGGAGCUACCCGCGCGCGGGGGGGGAGUACACGGGGGCGCCUUACUACGAACCGCCGUGCGCGCUGGUGUGCGCGCGUCGAGUGCAACGAGUGUGUGUAUACGUGUGCGUGACAGAACGUCGCAGGAGGAUGCGGCGUUGUCGGAUGUUGUAGGCGCGAGAAUACGCGUAUACGGUGUACUGUACCGACUGUACGGUGCGGCGCGAGGCCGCCAAAGAGUGGAACAGAGACGCGCGCGCGCGCGCACAUCUGACGGAAAGGGAAAGAGAGCGAGCGAGCGUCGUUGUCGAUCGAUCGAUUUCGAUUCGUCGCCGAAGUUGGAAAAUCGCAAACCGCCGCCGUCGGCGCUGACGCGUACGAAUUCGCGAGCAUCGUUGCGGCGGAUAGGCCACAGUGACAUUUGCGGUGCGGUGCUAUCGAUGCGACAGACUUGGCAACGUCGCACCGCCUGCCCUCGCACACAAACGCGCGCAUACGUACACGUACCUAGAAGGGAACUUGGGGUGGCUGGCUGGUUGGCUGGCUCGCUGGCUGGCUGGCUGGCAGGCAGGCAGGCAGGCAGGCAGGCAGGCAGGCAGGCAGGCAGGCAGGCAGGCAGGCAGGCUAGCGGACAAGCAAACAGGGCAGGCAGGCAGGCAGACGGCUUUCUUGUUCCGAGGACGGUGCUCCUGGUCGCGCUGUCUCUCUUCCCUACCUCCACUUACGCUUACUCUUCCUCUCCCUCGGCUCCUCGCCGCCUCCUCUCCCUCGUCCUCGGUCAACUCAAUCGCGCUCUCGUUCCGUCCCUUUCUCUCCCAACUCCCUCCCCUCUCCUCGGCCACCGUCCUCGUCGCGCUCACGCCGCACGUACCGUUGAGAGCUUCUCCCCUCCCCUGCCACCCGCUCUCUCUCUCUCUCUGCCUCUCUAUCCCCCUCUCCUUGCCUCUCCUCGAACGGAUCGGGCGAGUCCACUAGGCUUGCGAGGGGUGUUUGGCAGACCUCGUCUCUAGUCGGCCUCGAUCCGCAGAGUGCGAUAGACGCCACGAGUCGAUCGCUCCGGUGCACGGACGUUCGCGAGCCGUAGCAUACGCGAGUACGUCGCGGGGCCCGCGAGUGCCAUUGCGCGUUACCUGCGCAUAGCCGCGGCCCGCGGCAGCCCGUAUUCCGGCCAGUUUACGCGCUCAGCUUGGGACGCACUCGACCAGCGUAUAUCCGUACGACGGCCAUGUUUGGUGUUUACGACGUGAGGGGGAGUCGCUGACGUCACGGGACGAACGAGCGGCCCGAUCUCGCCCGAACGGCACGGCGAUUGCAAGCGACGGACGACGGGCGGCAGCAGCGACAAGCAAACGUACGACGACGACGACGACGACGACGACUACUACUACUACGACUACGACGACGACGAGGAGGAGGAAAAACGUGCGCCACGCCACGCUACACGCCGCCGGUAGCCCAUCGCUGAUGCUCGCGCGCCCGCGCACCACGGCCAUCGUCAUCAUCGUUUUUGUCGUCGCCGCCAUCAAAUAAAAGAAAAGAAGGAAAGAGAAGAAGAAAAAAAGGAGGGCCGCACCACUGUGUAUGCAUCGCGUGCGAAACUGCAAUCGCUCGCCGGCUGCCACUGUUCGGCCCCCGUUUUCCGAUGGGACGCGGGAAUCUCACGCCGAUCUCGCCACCACUACCGUUAACUACUGGCUUUUCGAAAAACAUUGCGCGCAACCGUCUCCCGCUCCGCUCCCUCUGUCACGCCGCUGAAAUAGUACCCCGUUUGUAAAACGAUUCGCCACCGCCUUCGCGGCGACGGAGGAAGAAAGGGGAGCAGCAGCGGUUGACGCGGGCGAUGCCAAAUAUCGUUGUCGCCACCACCGCGACUGAUACGACACGCGUGUUGUCAUUGGCCGACGAUGCGCGACGCGAGCCAACAGACGCGAAUAAAUUGAUCGAAUCGCCACGCGAGGCAAACAAAUACGUUGUACACGAUCGCGCCACGUGGUGAUCGCGCACGUGUCUCGCACGUCGUCGUCCCGGGCGCACGCAGCGCAUGUCGGUGUCCGCCGCCGGGAUCGAUCGGACCGGAGGACGAUCGUCGUCGAGUCGUCGCGCGACGCAACUUGCGACGGCGGCGCACGUGCCUCCUCCUCGCGCAGCGUUCACCUUCGGCUUUUCGCACCACGCGCGCGCACCCGCGCGUUCGCCGCGCGUAUACAUGAGCGCGUGUCUGUGAUCGAUCCGCCUGCCGUCGUCGCUGUCGCCGUCGCCGCCGCCGUCGCCGCCGCCGGUUUGUCGCGCCGGUUUACAUAUGGUGUUACGCGGGCCACCGCGCGAGAUACGCAGCCACAGGCCGAACGAGGACGGUCCAGGACGUCAGGUUUAAAGGACGCAUCACCUCCCCGCCGCCGUCGCCGUCGCCGUCGAGCCAUGGAGCUGGGUGACAGAGUCUACGCCGCGGAGCGGAUCACCAAGAAGAGGGAAAAGCGGGGCAAGGUCGAAUACUUUGUCAAAUGGAAAGGUUGGAGCAAAAAAUAUAACACAUGGGAGCCGGAAGAAAAUAUCUUGGACAUCAGAUUAAUCGAAUUGUACGAGGAGAGCCAAAAAGGGUCAGAAGUAGUGUCCACCAGAAGACCGAGGCGAAGGGAUACUCGAUACAACGAACAACUGUCUAAUCUUGUUGUCGAUGAGGAGCCUGGCGGGGACGAAAGGGUAGGCGAAGAUAGUCAGGAUGAAUCGACGACGGGCAGUACUUCAGCGUCUCGUUUAAAUCCAGUAGCCCCUGACGAGGACACACUCCCAAGUUCCUUGGACAGUCAUGAGUCUCCAACCCCAGAAUUGGCAUCGACGUUCAGCGUUGUCGAUUCUGAUAGUUCAAACAGCAGUAUGGACCUUCCCCUAUUGCCUAGAAAAGAACGUAUGAAAAGGAAAGCGGAAGUUCUUAGCCAAUCUGGCAAGAUUGGCGUGACAAUUACGAGUAGUCCUAGUAGUGGCAGUGGUAGCCCACCUCCGAGCAAAGUUCCUCGGUUAUUGCCUUUGAAAAACAACCCCGCAAAUCCGUCUUAUCACAGUCACAAAGCCAAUGGUCAAAAUCAAAGGAGGCCAUCAUCUUCCAGCGUGAAGUCGACACCGGAGGAACCUCUGCCGGCAGUACCGACAACGCCGGCGCCGGCAGUACAAGACAAAAAGCGUCCUGAAGCUGAUGUACCUCACGGUCCGCCGCCUUCUCUUCCACGUGCACCGCCGGCACCGCUGUCUCCUCAAAUAGAUACACCUUUGGAGCAAGUCGCAACGAAGAAGAAACAGUUGACGGAGCAGAAACAGGACAAAUCGAAUGGCGCAGUCACUGCUGAGAAAGCGAAUGGUCACAAAUCACCCAGCCCCACAGACUCUUAUACCAAUAACAAUAGGUUAUCUACUGUCGUGAACGGACACCACAGCCCUAAUCAUAAUAAUAGUAAUAAUAACAAUAAUAACAAUAAUAGUAACAUCAAUAAUAACAAUAAUUCGAAUAUCAAGCAGACUGAGAUUUCGAAGUCAGAGAUCUACGUUCCACUCAUGAAUCCCGGCACGGAUUAUUGGCAUACGAGGAACCCCGUAGCGGAUCAAGUGUUUAUUACAGACGUUACUGUUAAUUUGAAGACCGUUACCAUCAGGGAAUGCAAGACUGAAAAGGGUUUCUUUCGAGAAAGGGAUCCUAAAGAAACUCUUUGAGCUUCAAGAACAAUAUUCAUUGUUCUUGACGGUCCUGCAUCUAUGAGCUGUAUUGAAUCAAUGUGUAAAUAUAAAUUAUUUUUACUCGUCACGAAUAUUAAGACGAGGGUGUAAUCAUGAUACCAAGCAAGUUAGACUUUUCUAGUGAUGGCUGAAGAUAUUACAUAGUAUCGUGAUGAAAAUCACGAAAGUAAUUAGGGAUCGCGCAAAGAUCUGUACUAUUUUGAAUCACUAUAGUCUCUAGAACAUCGAAUAGAUAUUGAAAUCAAGAUCAGAAUUCACAAUAUGAGAAUCCGCGAAUUUUUUUUUCAAACUGAAAAUUCAUCAGUGUGUUAAGAUGUGCGAUUCUAUGUAAAUUGUAAAAACUAGACGAUGUCGGUAUGAUAAGUUCAUUAUCGAAUAUACAUCAUACUUGCUAUCACGGUAUAUUUUAAAAAGCUUGGUAGGUUUUAAUCACGUGCUGAAGAUCUGGAAAACAUUGGAGGAUACUGUAUCUUCUAGUUGUUUUAUUAUUUGCUUGUCUUAGAACGCUAAGAGAAUGCUAUAAAGUAAAAUUUUUUUAACUUUCAUUUUUACACUACGGGAUAUAUUAGAUAUACGAGAUAUAUCUUAAAAAAAGUAUUUUUCUAAUUCUUUUUUAGAAGAUUGAAACUGCUUCGCGGCAGCAAUUGAGGGGGAGACGUUUCGAGUUAUUUUGAAAAAAAAAAAGAUAGUUUUCAUCGUGUUUUCGACGAUGUUGUAUCCUAUUCAUCGAUGAACUUUUGCUAUGUGCUGUGGGAAAUAGAGUAUCGCGAAAAAAUGUGUAAAUUAGAUUUCGAAUGUAUGUAAAAAUUUUUAUCGUUUAUUUAAAAUGGCAGAAUAUGUUUGAUUUGGAGGAGGAUACAAUUACGCACAGUAUUUCAAUGGUGAGGCAUUUUCUCGAUUUCACUUUAAUUAAUUCGCGAUACACAUUUGAUAACAAAUGCAUUUCCGUCGACUGCUUCAUUCGAUUUUGUGUUAUUCUUACGUCGUAUAUAAUUAAGUAUUUUUAUUUAGUGUAGAACGUCCCGCGUAUAUCGAUUGUGAAUCCCGCGAGAUCAUUGCAUAUCUCUUAGUGAAUCUAUUUUAUUUGUAGAUUUUUCAUCAUCAAGCACCAAACAGACGCCACCUUUGAUGACAAAAACGCGUCUUGAAUGUUUAACAUUCGAAAUCAGUACAACAAUCCAAAUCUGAUCAUAUUCAAGCUUACUCGUUGCUCUGUAUACUGUUACCUCGUUUUAGCGAUGCUGUACAAAUACAUUUUGUGCGCACUUACAAUCACGAUAUAAAUUUUUCUUAUUAUUACAAAGUAGUUAAGAAGAAAAUUUAUUCUAACAAGCGUUUUUCUCACAGCAAAUGCUCUUAUUCUUUCUUCUUUCUCGUGUAUUUAGCAACGGAAACUGCGAAAUUACAUUGAUGUCUUUGCUUCCCUGUCGCAUGUAUUAAGCACGUACGGCAUUGUUAAAACGCAGUGCGGUUGUUUGAUGAAGCGGAAGAUGACAGCGCACUUGAACGCCUGCUGUGAGCAUGUUUAUGUUAAAAAAAAAGGAACAAAGUUUCUUGAAUUAAAUAUAUAUUAAAUAUGUAAGAUUUAAUAUAUAUUUAAUAUGCAUACAUACAUGUUAAAUUUAAAUAUAUACGUUGCUUAUUUAUUAUAACUAAUACGAAAAUUUUUAGGUUUCUACAUUUUUAGUGUAGUUUGUAAUUAGAUGUACAUGUGAAAUAUGUAUCUCAUUUGAGAACGUGUUCGGUACCCGGUACGAUUACUUCCUGCACGUAAUUCUAACACGAUGAUCGCAUCAGAUAACUACAUCCUAACGCGACCGUACAUUGAAAUUUGACAAAAUUUUAAUGAAAUUUUACAAAAACAAGUUUUAACUUUUCUUGGAAGACAAAUGAUAAAAGAAAAUAGAUCUAAAUAUACGCAUUUUUUUUCAACGAUUAAUUUGCGAUUAGAUUGACACAUUCGUUGCGAUUAUCAAUGCGGAAAAGAUUGCGGUACACAUUUCAAUUGUUGUGUAAUGUAAACCACUUGUAUGUAUAUAGGUUUAUAUAUACAUACAUAUAUAUAUAUACAUAUACGAAAUAUAUAUAUAUACAUAUGGAAAGCAUUUCCUGUAAAAAGAAAAAUUGUACAUAGCUGAACGAAACCUGUACGUUUCGCCAUAGCGGGCGGAGCACGUGAGAAGGAUGGCUUACAUAAAUCUUUGAAUUAUCAAUUGUACAUAGAUAAAGAGAAACGGAAAUUCCUCCUCCCUAUUCCUUUAGUUAUAAACGUAAAAUUGCAAGUAAUAUAAGUAUAGAGAAAGAGACAAAAGAAUCCUUUUCUUAGCUUUAGAACUUCAAAAUAGACUGUGCGCGUACCUUCGAUAUUGUUUCUGUACUUAUAUUCAAACUACUUAUAAGAUAAGAAAAGAGAAAAAGGGAGAUUUAAAAAAAAAGACGAAACGAUAACGCAGUGAUUACGCAGGCAUAUACGAUAACGUGAACCCCGGUAGUACCAAAUUUAACGGUAAUUUUAGUUCUGUCUGGUACAGAUUCCUUAUAUAUUUCAAUAAAAUCUACUUGAAGUCAG